UUCAGGACAAACCUUCAGUCUCUUACAUCAAAGAGGAGAAUAAGAAUAUUUUUUUAAUCAGCUGAAGGUAAAAUAGUUUUGUCCAAAUCUUCAGAGGAAACCAGUCGGUCCAUGUUUGAGUUUGUCAUGAUGACAUCAGCCGGAGUUUGUUCUCUCGUUCUGUCUGUCCUCGUCUCUUCCUCCAUCACGCUCUCGACUCAGAGCUCCCCUCCAAAGACGGACGACUUUCUGGGACCAGUCAAGUGUCUUGAAAAGAAUUUAACUCGUGAAUCCUGCGGCCUGGUGUUUUGUCCUCCGUGGCAGUCCUGCAUAGAUGGACAGUGCAUUUGUAAACCGGCCUACAAGUGUCCCACAGAGGGCAUGACCCCAGUCUGUACCCAUGGCAACAAGCACCUCCUGUCCUACUGCCAGGCGAUGGCUGUUUCCUGUCGGACCAUGAAACCCUUCAUGUCCCAUUUUGGAAAAACCUGCACAGCUGCUCAACCAAAGUUCAGAGGUUCAGUCGAAGAGGGCACGGAGGUGGUCAGGCUCUUUGUUCCCAGCACUGGGAGCACUGGAGGAUGUGGUGAGGAGUUGCUGGUGUGUCAGGAGCUGUGGGACAUGGCUGCUGCUAACGUGGCCUGCAAGGCGGCUGGGCACCCUCUAGGUGCAGCGUCUGCUGGCACCGUGUCGUACAUCUCCCUGAAGAGCUACCAUGAAGACCAGGAGUUACCCACCAAAUGUGUGAGUGUCCGUUGCCAAGGUUACGAGACCUCACUGGCAGAAUGUGUGAUCUACGACAAGACCGCCAUCGACAACGGGGAGAUCGCCACGGCAACCUGCGUACAGCCGACAGCAGGGGAGUGUGAGUUCAGGUGUGUGAACGGGAAGUGUGUGUCUCUCAGUCAGACGUGUGACGGAGUCGACGACUGCGGCGACCGCAGCGACGAGAUGUGCUGCAAGAAAUGCAGGAACGAAGCUUUCCGCUGCAGCACAGGUGUGUGUUUGCAUAAAGAAGCAGUCAGGGAUGGACAGAUCGACUGUCUUAAUGGCGAGGAUGAAUCAAAGAAACACAUAAAGCCACAGAUCUCACUUCCAAUGAACACAGAAUACAUCUCUCCCAAAAAUGAAACGAAGAACACCAGAGCUCAUCUGGAGUCAAGGCUGAGCUGUGGGAUUCCUAAAACCAGCACAGAGAACGAUGAGUAUGAGGAGCGAGGAAGAGGAGGCCGCUUUAAGAGAGUGUUGGGAGGAUGGCCAGCACAACGGACUCAGAUCCAGUGGCAGGUCGCUAUCGAGCUGAAAAAAAGGAUUCAGUGCGGAGGAGCUUAUAUUGGAGGCUGCUGGGUCGUCACUGCCGCUCACUGCAUCGGGCAAAACCCGUCCCUCUCCAUCACCACAGGCGCAGUUUCUGGUCAAGACAACCAAAGGCCCAAUCCUGCUACGCUGGUUGUGAAGUUUAGUCUCUGGAAGAGGAGCAGACCUCAGGAAACAACAGAUAUUGUUCCUGUUAAAGAUGUCCACGUCCACCCUCUGUACAACCCCAACACCCGUGAGAAUGACAUCGCCCUGUUGCAGCUUCAGAAGCUCCCACAUAGUGACAAGUGUUUGGAGGACAACCCUGCAGUCAGCCCUGUCUGCGUUCCCUGGACCACCAGGCUCUUCCAUCCCAGCCACACCUGCACUAUCUCUGGAUGGGGACAAGAUGGAGGUGGUAUACAGUCCUCGUACCUGCAGUGGGCCAACGUGUCCCUCAUUGAGGACUGUCAGAGAUUCCACAACGACAGCUUUAAACCUGGCAUGCUCUGUGCAGGUGAUCUGGAUGGCAGCGUGGACGCCUGUGAGGGGGACAAUGGAGGUCCUCUGGUGUGUAAGGAUGAACUCGGUGUUUCCUACUUGUGGGGCAUCGUCAGCUGGGGGAGGGGGUGUGGCCAGCCGAACUCUCCAGGAGUUUAUACACAGGUGGCUCAUUACUUUGAGUGGAUCAGGUCUCGGACAGGGUGGGCUGUGGUGACAAAGUUCAACUCCCAGUAACACUUUCAAAACCAGUCACAUAGGGUCCUAUUUUUAUAUUUCACUCUGACUACAGCUGUUUACUGACAGAAAACAUUCUUUGUUUUUUAAUAAAAGCAAGUUCAAUCAUCA